AUAAGCCGGAGACGGUCGGAGAACACUCGGCAACCAAUAUGGCGGACGGUUGCCUUCAUGGUUGCUUUCUAAUUUUGUGCGGUAUUCCUGCAUCAGGGAAGUCCAGUUUUGCAGAGAAACUUCGUGAAAAAGAUUGGAAAAUAAAUGAAGAACCUGUUCAUUUCUUUUACAUUGGCUAUGAUCAAUUGAUAACUGCAGACCUUCCAGUAGACAAAGCGUCUUCCAUAUGGAAACAAACGCGCGAAAAAAUACGUAUGGAUUUGGAGCAAGUUUUACUCAAAAAACCCUGGGGAGAAGAAAAGAAUUAUAACUUUAGGGAAUUUUUCGAAGAUUGGUGUUUGUUUCAUGCAAAUUUUAAUUUGAAGGAAGCUUUCCAUGUCAUUAUCAUUGAUGACAAUAUGUUCUACAGAAGCAUGAGACAUGAAUACUAUCAACUUGCAAGGAAAGUUUCGUUCAGCUAUUCACAAAUCUAUUUCCAUUGUCCUGUUGAAGUGGCAUUGAUGCGUAAUGAAAAAAGGUCAUCUCCUGUAAAAGAGGAAACUGUUUUUCGAAUAUUUAAUAAUUUUGAAAAGCCUACUCCAAAGAAACUAGCUUGGGAAAAGUACAGUCUUUUCAUUGACACCACUAACAUUGAAUUUGAAGAUAAAUGGGAAGAUGUUUUUGAACUGCUUCAUAAUGCUGCCAUUAACAAACCAUCACCUUUAAAAGAGCUCAAUGACAUUGAAAAGGCCAGGGAGCAGAAUGUCACUGCAAGAAGUUUUGUACAUCAAACAGAUCAAAUUUUAAGAAAAUAUAUUUCCCAAAUGUUGCAGACAUUAAAAGCCAAGAAUGCUUGUGCUGAUGUUUUAAAAAACACUGCAAAAUCUUUUAAUCAACUGAGGAAAACAAUUAUUGAUAAUGCAAGAAAUGAAACAGAGAAAAAUAUGCAGCAGAUACUACAGUAUGGAUCAUCUUCAUCCCAAUCCUUGACUAUGAAGGAAAGUAUGUUGGAACAACAUGACAUACGUAUACCAUUUAAUGAAAACUCUCUUCUAUCAACUUUUCAUGUGGACUCCAAUCAUAAAACUUUUGUUAUGGACUAUUUUUGGGACCUAAUCACUCUUGAAGAGUUUGGUGAUGUUGUGAGAGCAAAAUUUGACUGUAUGUUGAAAGAAUGCUGCGGUAAAGAAGGAAACUAAACUGUAGGCUAUCAAAGAGAUUAUAACUGACUGAAAUGAGACAUAUGGAUACAAUUAAUCCAGAAACCACAAUGCCAUCCAACAACAGCUCAAGUACAGAAAUUUUUUUCACAGACAGUAACCAAACAAUCCAUCUUGGUCAAAAUUCGCAG